UCACAAACAACGAUCCACAGAAGAGGGAUGCAUUACUGUCUACUGAACGCAGUAAGGUGUGGUUUAGCAACAUAACUCGUGAGGAAAAGCACAAUUCACCCGUGUGUGUGUGGCGUCCACUUUAUAUCUGGUCUUAAAAAUCCUAAAAUUGAGCUCCCCAGUGUAACAGACAACAGGUUACUGGAAAUGGAAAAGUUUGUGAAUAACCGCGCCUUCAUUAAUGAUGCCAGAAGUCCACAGAAGAAGAAGCUGAAACUGGAGAGUGAUGAGAGGAGGAAGCAGGAGGAAGAUGAGGAAGAUGAGGAAGAUGAGUUCUCUCAUCCUGUUCCCUGGCAGAAAAUAGAGGCAGAGCGAUUAGACUGUGAUUAUGCUCUGCUGUUCUCCAAAGAAGAAGCAGACCACCUUUUUAAACAACUGGAGGAGGAGGUGGUGUACUCGACAGGGGAAGAAGCACAGGUCCAGGUGUUUGGGAAGGUGCACGAUAUACCGAGAAAGCAGGCCACAUAUGGAGAUGCAGGUCUCACCUACACUUAUUCUGGAGUGACACGUUUAGCCAACCCGUGGACUCCAACCUUAGAAUAUAUCCGGGAUGUUGUCACGAAAACAACUGGACAAACAUUUAACUUUGUUCUGGUCAACAGGUACAAAGAUGGGCAGGAUCACAUGGGCGAGCAUCGGGAUGAUGAGAAGGAGCUGGACCCCCUCUGUCCAAUCGCCUCUGUCUCUCUGGGAGCGCCACGAGACUUUAUCUUCCGGCACAGAGACGCUCGGGGAAAACAGAGACGCCGACAGAUCGAACCCGUAAAGCUAGAGCUCGCUCAUGGAAGCCUCCUCCUCAUGAACUCACCGACCAACACUUUCUGGUACCACAGCCUUCCUGUUCGCAAGAAGAUUCCCCUGCCUCGGAUCAACCUCACCUUUCGACGCAUCCUACUUUACAGAAAGAAAUGACCAAGCGGGGAUUAUCACACUAAUGGGUCAAGAGGCCUGAAGAAAGGAACAUUGAAGGAGCAAUGGGAUACUGUAUGUCGAUUGAAAAUGAACAUGUCAUAUUGAAAGGAGAUGCACACAUUUGUAAAUAAAUGUGCACUGAUAUUGGUCAGACUCAGCUGUGGAUGGGUUUUAAAUGUAUUGGAAGGCCUGCUGACCUAUUAAUCCGUCCUUGGCAGCUGCUAGUUAUCUGUAAUUGGUAAACCAAAAUAUUAUUUUGUCAGUCUCUGCAUUUGGCACUAAGAACCCCUUUUAAAUUAUGUAUUUUAUUUAUUCUUAUGAAAAAUGUACCUUCUUAUCUCUAUAGAGAAAACAUUAGUUUAAAAGAUGUUCGUGAGGGCAGCAUGCUUUGCCAGCUUACAGGGGGAUUUGGAAAACACUGUAUUUGGAAAGUCCAACCAAUAAAUAUGUAGCAUUUGUAAUAAGUAUUUGUAACAUUUGAACAGAUUAUUGGUUGAGAUUCAACAAUUCAACCGUUCUUGCUUUUGUCUGUAGGUGUUUACCUGAUUAUCUACAGACUAUAUGUUCAUUCAUGAACAUAACUACAUAUACUUGAACUCAACCUUUGUUUUACAAAUGAGCAUAGGUUGGGUGACUAGUUCAAAUUCAACUAAAAUGUUCUGUGAAUAUUAUAUAUUCAUGAAUUGUCAUAUAUAUACACUCCAUAGAUAUUAAAUCAAAAAUCUACAAAGAGAAACCGUUGAGUCUCAACUAAUAAGCUGUUUAAAUGUUACAAAUACUCUUAAUUAUUUGUAGGCGGACUAUCCAAAUAAAGUGUAAUAGACAAUUCUUCGAUCUGGUAGAUUCAGUGUUUGGAUCAAGGACACUUCAGACAGUGGGGGCUGAUCUUCGUCAUGUCUCACAAUCUCCAUUUGCUCAAAAGUAGCAAAUAAUUAUAUUAUAUAAUGCAGCAAUUUCUGUAUAAAAUAAAACUCCAAGUGCA